AACAUGAUUACACUGUCAGGAGCAUCCUUGYCUAACCUCUCGUCCCAAGCGCAUCUGAAUCCAGAACAUAAGAGCAGAGGAACUGAAUAGCUUGGAAGCAGUGACUUUAAAAUAAAACAAUCGUUUUAACUUGACUAUGGGGCGGCUGCUGUGCGUGCUGUUGGUAUUCCUGGCUUGCUGUGUUGUCCAAACAAACGCAGAGACAGUAUGCAGGAUCAGGCAGUUCCUGUGUGGGAAUGGGAAGUGCAUUACACUGAGAUGGGUGUGUGACGAAACAGAUGAUUGUGGAGAUGGAACUGACGAGCUCCCCGGAACCUGCUCGGCCAGAACAUGCAGAACCACAGAGUUUAGCUGUGGUGGACGUCUGAACCAGUGUGUUCCCAGUACCUGGCUCUGUGACGGCAAAGCAGACUGUGAAAAUGGAGCUGAUGAGGAGAGCUGUGCGCCCAAGCRCUGCACAGAUAACAAAUUCCGCUGCAGUAACGGCCAGUGUGUGUCRGCCUCYUUUGUGUGUGAUGAGGAGUUGGACUGUGAUGACGGGAGCGACGAGGCUUCCUGCCCACCCACCACCUGUAGCUCCACCUCCUUCCAGUGCAACAACUCUGUGUGUGUGCCGCGCCURUGGGCCUGCGACGGAGACRYUGACUGCUCGGAUGGCUCCGAYGAGUGGCCCCAGARCUGUGGGACGCGAGCCSCUGAGRGUGCCCCCAAGYCCUGCUCCCUUCGGGAGUUCCAAUGUGGCAGCGGGGAGUGUAUCCACRGCAGCUGGRAAUGUGAUGGAGGGUUCGACUGCCUGGAUCGCUCUGACGAGACCAACUGUAGCCGCCUCACCUGCCGCCCCGAUGAGUUCCAAUGCGGUGAUGGCACCUGUAUCCACGGCAGCCGCCAAUGUAACCGCCAGUACGACUGCAGAGACUUGAGUGAUGAAAUAGGCUGUGUCAAUGUGAGCCAUUGCAAGGGUCCCACCAGGUUUAAGUGCCGUAGUGGGGAGUGCAUCAGCAUGGAGAAGGUGUGUGACAAGCAGCGUGACUGCAGGGACUGGUCAGAUGAGCCUCUCAGAGAGUGUGAUUCCAACGAGUGCCUGUACAACAAUGGCGGCUGCUCACACAUCUGCAAUGACCUGAAGUUCGGCUAUGAGUGCCAAUGCCCCACCGGCUACUACCUGACGGACAAGAAACGCUGUGAAGAUAUCGAUGAGUGUGCCAACCCAGACAUCUGCAGCCAGAUCUGUGUCAAUCAUAUGGGCAGCUACAAGUGCGAGUGUGAGGAGGGCUACCAGGUCGACCCAGCCACWAAAGCCUGCAAGGCCAUCGGCACUGUAGCCUAUCUGUUCUUCACCAAUCGCCAUGAGGUGAGGAAGAUGACACUGGACAAGAGUGAGUACACGCGUGUCAUCCCCCGCCUGAAGAAUGCAGUGGCUCUGGACAUGAACAUGGUUGCCAAGGAGAUUUACUGGUCUGACCUCUCCCAGAAGAAGAUCUACAGCACCUCAAUAGACUUGGCUGCAGACACAGCGCAACACAAAGUUGUGAUUGACAGCGACAUCGAAGCUCCGGAGGGCAUCGCCUUUGACUGGGUCCACGGCAACAUCUACUGGACCGACAGUAUCCGCAGCAGCAUCUCCGUGUCAACCGCCAACGGGAGCCGCCGCAAGACUCUCUUCCAGAAUGACCUGGCCAAGCCCCGCGCUAUUGUGGUCGACCCCCACAGCAAYUUCAUGUACUGGACUGACUGGGGAACUCCAGCCAAGAUUGAGAAGGGAGGUCUGAACGGAGGAGACCGUGCUGCUCUGGUCACAGACAACAUUGUGUGGCCCAAUGGAAUCACCCUUGACCUGCUGAACCAGCGGCUGUACUGGGUGGACUCCAAGCUGCACACCCUCUCCAGUAUCRACGUCCAGGGUGGUGGCCGAAGAACACUCAUUAUAGAUGAACACAGGCUAGCCCAUCCCCUAGGCAUCACUGUGUUUGAGGAAAGAGUGUUUUGGACAGAUGUCAGCAACAAUGCCAUUCUGAGUGCCAACCGUGUGACAGGCAGGGACAUCAAGCCUGUGGCAGAGCACCUGGUAUCCCCAGAGGACAUUGUGUUGUACCACAACCUCAAACAGCCAACUGGCAGGGACUGGUGCAAGGUGGCCAACGGAGGCUGUGAGUUCAUGUGUCURGCAGCCCCCCAGGUGGGCAUACAUUCCCCCAAGUACACCUGUGCAUGCCCUGACAACAUGCUGCUGGCCAAAGACAUGAGRAAAUGUGUACCAGCUGCACCAACACCUGCARCUCCAGUCAAGCCCAUUGUUCCCRCCYCCAACCCCCCACCGCCAGAUAGACCCAGGAUCCCCCAGGCCCAGACUACCACAAUGCCUCAAGUCACCACUCAGGACAUCCGCCAUGAAUUUGCUGCUAUACCCACAGCCCCUUCAACCCCUGCAGCUUUAUACAUCGCGCUGCCUAUAGCCAUUGUGUGUCUGGUGGCCUUUGGUGCAGUGCUGCUGUGGAGGAACUACAGGCUGAAGAACACUAACACCAUUCACUUUGAAAACCCAGUCUACCAGAAGACCACUGAAGACCAGGUGCACAUAUGCAGGAGCCACAGUCCAGACGGCUACUCCUACCCACCGAGACAGAUUGUGAGUCUUGAUGAUGAGGCUUGACCGUAGUGCUGCCGUUCCCUGCCAACACAAACGCUUUAAGAGGAGAAAGCAGAGGAGUAAGUGAGACAUUUUAUAUAAGCUACCUGGACAAUCUUAUUUUUUUACCUCACAACCUCAAAGACAUGAGAAGGCAGAGAAAGUGUCAUACCGCUGACCAAACCACUGUGUGCUCAAAGACAAAUGGAAUCUCUGGAAAGAAAAGCAGGAAAAGGAGGAAGAUUUCUCAUUCAUGUGUCUUUCUUGCCCAUUUGUGCACAAUCCAGAGCCAUAAGAGACCAUCAACUCAUCUCCACCAAGCUUGAGUUUUAUUGGCCCAUUCUACACCAUAGUAUUUUUCUCAGAGACKAUUUGUCUGAACUGUGAAAUGUCUUACAAAURSAAGACURUUYAGAAGUUGAACCMCAUUAUGAAAGAACAGUAAUGUAAUUGUAAUAUUUGAGUGUUUUGUGUUUGUGAAGAAGUGCCCUUGAUAUAUGAGGUGACUGCAACUUUAUUUAACACCACUUAGAAUUGAGAAAAAUCUCUCUUUCUUGUUACUAGAAUUCAGAA